AAACUAUAGGCCCAUGAUACUUCGUUCUUCCAAAACCCUAGGGUAAUUCACCAGUUUUGUAGUGUACAACAUAUACAAGAAAACUCCCUCCAUUAACGCCGUCGACGCACUUGCCUCUUCCAAUUUUCAUUCCCCCACCAUGGUUGCCGCAAAGAAAACCAAGAAGACUCAUGAGAGCAUUAACAACAGGCUGGCUCUCGUAAUGAAGAGCGGCAAAUACACUUUGGGUUACAAAACUGUUCUCAAGACCCUUAGGAGCUCCAAAGGCAAACUAAUCAUCAUUGCCAACAACUGCCCUCCCCUCAGGAAGUCUGAGAUUGAGUACUAUGCUAUGUUGGCAAAGGUUGGAGUCCACCACUACAAUGGAAACAACGUAGAUUUGGGGACUGCAUGUGGUAAGUACUACAGAGUCUGUUGCCUCAGCAUCAUUGAUCCAGGUGAUUCGGAUAUCAUAAAGAGUAUGCCUGGUGACCAGUGAGAUAGCAGCUGAUGUUCCAGAUUGUUCUGCUAAUGGAUACAGCUCAAUUUUACUGCGGUGUUUCAAUUUGCAAAUUUUUCUUAUUUAGAGAAAUAUCUAGUGUAGAUGAGUUUUGCUACUCAUUUGGUGAUGUGCAAGAUAGUUUUGAUGGUAUUUGGAAUCUGAAUGACAUCAAAUUUUUUGGCUGGAGUUUUAAAUCUACUCCAAUUAACUA